UUCCGUCUCUAUGUCAAUUGUUUAACAAAUCGUUGCGUAUCGGCGUGGUACCAUUUGAUUGGAAAGUCACUAAUGUUGUUCCUGCUUAUAAAAAAGGAGACCAGGAAUUUGUGAAAAAUUAUAGACCUAUAUAUCUGCUCUCUCUGGUUUCGAAAGUUCUGGAACGCUAUGUCUUCAAUACGAUUAAAGAUCAUAUUUUCUGCCGAAUAAAUCCUUGUCAACAUGGUUUCCAUCCUGGGAAAAACUGUGUGACCCAACUUAUCGAAGUUUUUGACAGGAUAGGAAAACAACUAGAUCGUGGCAAACAGAUAGAUGCAAUUUAUUUAGAUAUGUCAAAGGCUUUUGACAAAGUUAGCCAUAAACGACUUCUUCUUCGUCUCCGUGAAUUUGGUUUUGGAGGUAACAUUCUCAACUGGUUCCGCUCCUACCUACAAGAUCGUCGUCAACAAACAACCAUCCUCGGUGUAACAUCUUUACCUAGUCAAGUAACAUCAGAGGUACCUCGCGGCUCUAUUCUGGGACCGGUGUUAUUUUUGUUAUAUGAAAAUGAUCUCCCUUUCCUGUGAAGAAUUCAUCCAUUGGAACAUACGCUGAUGACACCAAAAUCUUCAAAGAAAUCCAUAAUCUCGGUGAUGCUGCAUCGUUACAGGAGGACCCGAGUAAUUUUGAAUCAAGUUCUUCAGAUGUGGGUCUUCACUUAAACUCUUCACCAGAAAACAUCGCCAGAUCAAGUAUAUCCAUACACUUUACAAGAUAG